UACUCAAUAUUUUCACUUUCGUUGCUCGAUCACUUUCAAUUUCUGUAUUGCUUUUAUUAUUAUUAUUUAUUUUAAAUUUGUUGGCACGUUAUAUUCGUCAAUAUGAGGUCAAUAUUUGUCAUAAUUUUUAUUGCAAUUUGUGUUGUUGUUGCUGCUGAGGAAAAAUUAUCAAGUAAAUAUGAUGAUAUUGAUGUUGAUAAAAUAUUACAAAAUAACAGAGUUUUAACAAAUUACAUCAAGUGUAUUCUUGGGGAGGGUUCAUGCACAGCUGAAGGAAGAGAAUUAAAAAAAACACUUCCAGAUGCAAUUAGAUCACAGUGUAGUAAAUGUGAUGCCAAACAAAAAUCAAUGGUUAAUAAAGUUAUAAAUCAUUUGAUAACAAAAAGACCAACUGAUUGGGACAGGCUUGCAAAAAAAUUCGAUCCAAUGGGAGAAUACAAAAAAAGCUUUGAAGCACAAGCUGGUAAAACAGCAUAAUAAAAUUAAUUGUAAAAUUUUUCUAUAAAUAAAUAUAAUUUUAAAUGAUA